CGACGUCUUAUUAUUGUGCAAAAAUAUACUUGGGUAGAAGGAAGCAAAGUCAAGCACAUCGCACAUUUCAGUGUCUUUUAUUGAACGUGUGUUCAGUAACCAUACAUUUUAUGUGCGUAAACGAUAUUUUUUUUCAAAUCAUUACAAAUCAAUCGAAAUAGUAAAAAAUAAUUGAAGCAAUAUGACAAAGAUUAGCACUUCGAAAGCGAUAAUUGCACUUCUAUGUUUAACAGCGAUUGUUGCCGAAGGUCAGCAUAUGCCAAUUCGAAUGUUAAUUGGACGUAUUAGAGAACACAGAAGGCAUGGACAUGAAAAUGACGCAAGUCAACUUGAUGAAGUUAGUUCACAAAGUCAAGCCAAAAGUAAAGCAUUGACCAACGCAAUUAACGUUGCUGGCAUUCCAAUUACAAAUACAAUAUCUGGAUCGAAGGCAUCGUCAACGAGUGAGGGUCGUUCUGGAAGUAUAAAUGAACAAUUCAAUGUGGGUGGGUUGGGUUUUAAUGCCGGUUUAGAUAGCGAUAAAAUUGGCACCGGUUUUGGUAUAAAUCGAACGCCAGGUCAAAUCGGUGUUCAUUUGGGCGCUGUAGGUAUUGGACUGAGUAACAAUGGCGGUUUGUUUGGCAAUAAUCAAAAUACACAAACUCAAAUAUCGGCCACAGCCAUGGCCACCGGAGAAGGUGCAACUUCAUCAUCUUCAUCGGAUACAAAGUCACGGGGUUUUCAACUCGGCCGUUUGUUUGGCAUUCAAAAUACACUUUCAAAAUCGCAUGCACAAUCAACAUCGUUAAAUGGCCAAACGUCAGCCAAAGCAACUGCAAAUGCUGCAUCACAAAAUACAAAUACUUUUCAGCCAAAUUAUGAAUCCCAACAACCACCAGUACAAGGAUAUGUCGUGUCAAAUGAAGAAACUAGUAAUGAUAAUCCAAAAAUUAAUACAAAUCGUCAAAGACGUCAAUCUCAUCGACUUCGACAUCGGCAUCAUCACGCUCCCGUGUUGACUCUUCAACAAAAUGCUCCAUCCAAUAAUUUUCAAAACUUUCCAAAUCAAAAUGGCCAAAAUGUUGGCUUCCCACAAUUCCAGCAACAAAAUGCAAAUGGCAACGCUCUAGCACAAAAUCAAAAUCAAUUCUUUAAUCAAAAUGCAGGCGCCAAUACUCAUUCAUCGAAUAUUCAAAAUCCGUUUGGUCAAUUCCAAAAUACCGGUGGAUCAAGUAUUUCAUCGAAUCUUGCUAAUAACGGACAAUCAGGACAAUUAAGUGCUGCAAACACAGAUCAACAAAGUUAUAAUACAGCUGAUGGUUCUGGACAAAAGAAUAAUGCUCAGAGUCAAUCAGCAAAUUUUGAUCCAUUUGGAAAUUUGCAAACAUCAAACUCAAAUUCCGGCGUUCAAAACACCUUUGGACCAAAUGGUGAACGACAAAAAGCGUUUGGUUCAUCGAAUGCAAAUGAACAAAAUAAACAUGGCAGUUCAAACAGUGGCAGUCAGACAAAUGUCGAACAUUUCAAUGAAAACGGUGUACAAGGUGAAAAAUCGUCAUCAUCGAGUUUUUCAAAUGUUGUAAAUAAUGGCGGUUUGGAUGGAAACUUUGGAACAAAUUCAAAUUCCAACUCUGGCAUUGAGAAUGGAAAUGCGGGCGCUGGCGCUGGUGCCGUUGCAAGUGGUGGUGGCAUUCGAACCAGACGUGCUGCCGAGGAUUCCGUUGUUUUUCCAAAAGCUGAAGAAUUAGACACACAAAAUCCACAACAGAGUGUUAAUGGGGACGUGAAUGCAAUAGAAAGCAAUAAAAAUUCAACACAACCAGAAGAACUUGAAUCAAGAUUUGGGUUACUUAGUGGUCUAUUAGGUGGUGGAGGAAGAGGGCCAGGUCCAUUAGGUGGAAUUAUCAGAGGAGUCGCAAAUGGAUUAAGUCAGGUCAAUCAACCAUAUUAUGGAGGUGGUCCAGUCGGCGGAGUUCCAUUUCAAGGUCAAGGUUCCUAUUAUCCGCAAGGAGCCUAUUAUCCACAAGGAGCCUAUCCACAAGGAUUUGGCGGCGGUUAUCCUCAACAAUAUUAUCCUCAACAAUAUUAUCCACAACAAGGUUUUGGCCGAUAGAUAUGCCAACCAAAAAUUUCAAAAAUGUUUUUAUACAACAAAAUCCCAUUCAAACUUACACUAAAUUAGAAUUAUCUGCGAGUUUAAGUAUCAUUUUGUCGUUCAAGUUUUAUUAAAAUAAAGUUUUACACAAAUUUA